UCUUUCUCUCUCCUACUGUCAAAGACUCAAAAAGUUCACAAUUUUACUUGGCUAGUGGCUCCAGUCUAAAGCGAUACUCCUCCUUCCUACUUGCUGCUCCUGCUCCUGCUCGGCUCAACAACCAUCACGAUCGGCACAGAUUCCUCUCUUCAAUCGGCAUAGCAACCACUAUGUCGAAGAUGAAGCAUUUAUUACGGAAGCUUCAUAUUGGUAAACAUCAUUACAAUACUGCUAGUGCUCGCCCAAAUUCCAAUAAUCGAACGCAAUCGGAAGAGUCGUCUUCGUCGUCGUCUUCAUCGCCGCCGUCGGUUUCAUCUUCGACUGAUCAAUUGAGGACUGCCAGAGAAUCGCAGUCCGCUGCGACGAUAGUGGAAAAUGUUGGCGUGGAUGUGGAUAGGGAAAAUAUUAAUCGUUCGGAUUUUAAUUUAAUUGAGGAAGAUUUUCAACUUCAAUUAGCAAUGGCGAUAAGUGCUUCUGGUAGUGAGAAUCAAAUUGAUGAUGAUUCUGAUAAGCAGAUCAUGGCUGCUAAACAAUUGAGUCUUGCUUGUUCUCCGUCCGUGCCUGACAAUGAAAAACUUAGUGAGUUUUUGUCGCUCAAGUAUUGGAACUACAAUGUCAUUCAGUAUGAUGAGAAGGUAGUGGAUGGAUUUUAUGAUGUUUUUGCAAUUGCUUCGCAUCCAACUGCUCGAGGAAAAAUGCCGUUGCUUGUGGAUCUCCAAAAGAUUUCCAUUUUCAGUAAUGUUGACUAUGAAGUUGUCUUGGUGAACCGGUUGGUUGAUGUUGAGUUGCAGCAACUUGAAAAUAAAGUGUAUGCUAUAUCAGUGGAAUGCAAGGUUUUGGGACCUGGGAUGUAUUUGAAUGGCGUAAUCCAAAGGUUAGCUGAUCUUGUUGUUGAUAGAAUGGGUGGUCCUGUUGUUGAUGCUGAAGAAAUAACGAGUAGGUGGCGAGUAAGAAGUAAUCAGUUGAAAGCUUCUCUCAAUACCAAUGUUCUUCCUCUUGGUUGUCUCAAUGUUGGGCUUUCACGCCAUCGGGCAUUGUUAUUUAAGGUACUUUCGGAUAGGAUUGAUCUUCCAUGUAUGCUUGUGAAAGGGAGUCUAUACACAGGCAUUGAUGAGGGGGCUGUGAACUUGAUUAAAUUUGGUGAAGGAAGUGAAUACAUAAUUGAUUUGAUGGGUGCACCUGGGACACUAAUUCCCUCCGAGGUUCCUAGCAGUUGUCUUCUGGACACUGCACUGGAAGCAAGAAGCUUGUCUAAUAGUACUUCUGCUAUCAACAACAUAAAUUUGGAUUUUGGCAAUGUGGUUGGAUUAGAUGGAAAUAUAUGUGAUACUGUUGUGGUUCCUAAAGUUUUUGGCUCCAAUUUAGAAGAAGCAGCCUUGAGUGUCAAAGCAAAACAAGUGAAUGAGAUUGCUGUUAAAUCAGAUUUGAGUGGGUUAUGUGAUUGUAAUUUUGAAAAUCCUGUUAGAUUGGAGUAUAGUUUGUCUGAUUUCUCACCAAACUUUGUUCAAGAAGCUUCCAGCGCACAAGAAAAGAAAGUCAAGGAUGUUUCAAAAUAUGUAAUUAGUGCGGCAAAAGAUCCAGAAUUUGCGCAGAAACUGCGUGCUGUUUUGUUAGAGAGUGGGGCAUCACCUCCAGUAGAUUUGUUUCUGGAUAUGAGUCCGAGUAGUUUACAAGAAAAGACAUUGCUUGAACUAGUCCAACCAGUUAGACAAGAAACUCUUUCCUCUGGAGAUUUUUGCAACUCAGAUAAUUAUAGAUCUAGUCGUGAGAUGUCUGUUGUCUGCCAGUUUGGGUUGAAGUCUUCGAACAACUGUGAUAUGCAUGAAGAGAGUGCUGAUAAUAUGAUGAUUGACGGGUCAACUGGGCUAGCUAGUUGCAGUGGACAGGUUUCUCGAGAUUCUAGGGGAAAGAUUUUGAACCAAACUAAUUCAGGUAAAGAAUCCAAUAUUCAAUUAGACGUUAACAAAGAAAUUCACCGUCUUAGUGAUGGCCACAAUGAGUGUCUUAGCCCUACUUCUAGUGAGGGAGUCUGCCCUGUGCUUGGCGAGUUUGCAGAAUUGGAGAUACCAUGGGAGGAUCUACAGAUUGGGGAAAGAAUUGGUAUAGGUUCCUAUGGUGAAGUUUAUCGUGCAGAUUGGAAUGGAACCGAGGUCGCUGUAAAAAAGUUUUUGCUACAAGAUUUAACUGGCGAUGUACUCAAUCAGAUUAAGUGUGAAGCUGAAAUGAUGAUAAGGUUAAGACAUCCUAAUGUUGUUCUCUUUAUGGGGGCUGUUACUCGCCCUCCAAAUCUCUCUAUCCUUACAGAGUUUCUUCCCCGGGGAAGUUUGUAUAGGUUAUUGCAUCGAUCUGGCUCUCGAAUUGAUGAAAAGAAGAGAAUGAAAAUGGCCGUGGAUGUGGCUAGGGGGAUGAAUUAUUUGCACACAAGUCAUCCUACUAUAGUCCAUCGAGAUUUGAAGUCACCAAAUCUUCUUGUUGAUAAAAACUGGGUUGUCAAGGUCUGUGAUUUUGGUUUGUCACGCCUGAAGCACCACACAUUUUUGUCUUCAAAUUCUACUGCAGGAACGCCUGAAUGGAUGGCACCUGAAGUUCUACGAAAUGAGCCUUCCAAUGAAAAGUGCGACAUAUACAGUUUUGGUGUGAUAUUAUGGGAAUUGGCUACAUUAUGUGUACCAUGGACUGGGCUAAACCCAAUGCAAGUUGUUGGAGCUGUUGGGUUCCAGAAUAGACGUCUCACAAUCCCCGAGGAAGUAGAUCCAAUGGUUGCCCAGAUAAUACGGGACUGUUGGGAAAAUGAUCCUCGUUCGAGGCCCUCUUUCUCACAGCUUAUCAUCCGCCUUAAGGGUCUUCGUCGCCUAAUUGUACAGAAAGAUUAAACAACUGUGAUAUAUCAUAUAUCUAUCCGUUCUGUUCAUAGUUAGGAUUUUUGCUAUGCUCAAAGAGCAGGAGUAGCAGGAGCAGCUGAACUGUGGCUGUGUAAACUGGUUUUUUUUUGUUGCAAAGGAACACACAGGAUUUAAAUUGUCGGGUGUGGGUUCAUUCGAAGCGGGGACUCAGCAUUACCAGUUUAGAAAUUCGAUCAUGAAAACUGUGGAUAUCCUCGAAAACAUUGUUCUGCUGCUCGAAGCACAGUGAAUGUUGCCAUGGGUGUUAGCUGUUCUAGGAUUGCAAGUGUUCAUAUGAAUUAUGUUCAAGGAAAUUCUGACAACAGAAAAAUCCAAGGUGUAAUUUUUAUUAGGAAAAAAACCCAAAAAGAAAGUGAAUAAAACCACAGAUUUGUAUCAUAUUUGAUCUUUCUGUAAUAUUAUUCUCUACAAGCAAUUGGAAUUGUAAACAUUGGGUUAAUGAAUUUAUUAUUCUAUAAUGUAAAGAAAAAAAAGGAAAAAAAAAGUUAUUUCCUUAAUUUUUUUUG